AGCCAAAUGUCAAUGACAUUUGAGGAAAUGUUGAAUGUUGCUUGCUGCUUGCAUGUCGAGUUGAGCGAGUUGAGUGGUCGCGGUGAAAUAAAAUGAUCGUGUAAUCGUCAAUUCCGUUAAUUGGCUCGAGGCACACGCACUCUGCAUAGGCCAGCGCACACCAUCUCCGGAACGCGUCCCCUAACAACUUAUUUGUUUGAACAUCAACUCAAAAAUAACUCACAAGAGUGUUAACGGAAUAACGAAACAGCCUUCAAAAAGUACAGACGUGUAUAAAACAGUAAUUUUAAAUAUUUAAACAUUUUCUUUCCUGUUUAAAUAUAAUUAUAAAUUAAACAUUCGAGAUGGUGAUUGAGAAAAUUUGCUGCCUCGGCGCUGGCUACGUGGGAGGACCGACGUGCAGUGUCAUAGCAUUGAAAUGCCCAAACAUUAAAGUCACCGUUUGCGACAAGAGUACGGAACGCAUCAACCAGUGGAACUCUGAUAAACUGCCGAUCUACGAGCCAGGAUUAGAUGAAGUAGUCAAGCAAUGUCGAGGUAAAAACUUAUUCUUUUCUACGGACAUUGCGAAAAGUAUUCAAGAAGCUGAUUUAAUCUUCAUUUCGGUCAAUACUCCAACAAAAACAUUCGGUAAUGGUAAAGGAAGAGCUGCGGAUUUGAAGUACAUCGAAGGUGCUGCCAGGAUGAUAGCAGAUUUGGCUACAAGUAACAAGAUUGUGGUAGAAAAGAGCACUGUACCUGUCAAAGCAGCCGAAAUAAUUAUGAAAAUACUCCGUGCAAACACCAAACCUGGUGUAGAGUAUCAGAUUUUGUCUAAUCCUGAGUUCUUAGCUGAAGGGACAGCGAUAGUAGAUCUUGUUGAAGCAGAUAGGGUACUUAUCGGAGGAGAAGAUACACCAGAAGGUCAAAGAGCUGUUCAGGAACUGUGCUGGGUGUAUGAACACUGGAUACCAGCUAAAAACAUAUUAACAACUAAUACAUGGAGCUCGGAGUUAUCUAAGCUUGCUGCAAAUGCUUUCCUUGCACAAAGAAUUUCUAGUAUCAACUCCUUGUCUGCAGUCUGUGAGGCUACAGGAGCUGAUGUGUCCGAGGUGGCUCGAGCUGUGGGUAGAGAUUCACGUAUCGGUCCUAAGUUCUUAGAAGCGUCAAUCGGUUUCGGUGGCAGUUGUUUCCAGAAAGAUAUAUUGAAUUUAAUUUAUCUAUGUGAAUGUUUGAAUUUAUCAGAAGUGGCCGCGUAUUGGCAGCAAGUAGUCAACUUAAAUGACUACCAGAAGACAAGAUUCACACGUAAAGUCAUAGAAUCUUUAUUCAAUACGGUCACAGACAAGAAGAUAGCUAUACUUGGUUUCUCAUUUAAGAAGAACACUGGUGACACUCGUGAAUCACCAGCUAUCUAUGUAUGUAAGACAUUACUUGAUGAAGGAGCGAAAUUACAUAUAUAUGACCCUAAAGUAGAGACUGAUCAAAUAUACUAUGAGUUAACAACACCUUAUGUAACAAAUGAGCCAGAGAUAGUCCGUAAGAACAUAGAGAUACAUAACACUGCUUACUCAGCUGUGUCCGGAGCUCACGCAUUAGUUCUUUGUACCGAAUGGGAUGAGUUUAAGGAGUUAGACUUCAAAAAGAUAUAUGAAGUUAUGAUGAAGCCAGCCUACAUCUUUGAUGGACGUAAAAUCUUGGAUCAUGAGCAGUUGAUAAACAUUGGUUUCCAUGUUCAGACAAUUGGGAAGCGGUUGUCAAGGACUGGCAGCAUCAGGGCGCAGGGAAGUCAGACAUUGCCUUAAGAUGUAAAUUAGUUGGCGAAGAAACAGGAACAAUUUAGAUGUAAGGAACUCUAAGACUAUUACACUAAUCCAGUGGUUGUCGACUUAACAAAGGAACAGGACUCUAUAAGUGAAUAUUUAAUAAAUACAUACACAUAGAAAAGGUUGACAAACCCCCGAUCUGAUUUUAUUUUUCCAGACAUUUUACGAAAUAAGUAGAUAGAACAAAUCAUAGUGAAUUAAUAAAUAAGAAAUAGACAAUUCCCCGCCAAUAUAAUACUUUACACAGACAAUAAAUGUCAUAAUAGGGCUUUUAAGACCAGUUGUUUUAAGUGGUGACGUAACGACGUUAUAACUGCUAAAUAGCAGUUAUAUUUUGAGCCUAUUGUUUGCAGUACACUAUUUGCAAUACUAUUUUUAAUUGAAAUAUGUUAUCUAUAAUGUUAAAUAAAUUCUAGGUCUCACAUUUUUAAAUAAUCAUUUUUUUACAACACAUUCAAUCACUGCCUAUCUUUAAUAUGAAC